GGUGUUAUCCUUUCAUGGAAGAUAAAGCUUGUUCCUGUUCCACCGAAAGUCACCGUCUUCAAUGUGGCGAGAACCCUAAAGCAAGGAGCUACUGAUGUAGUGUACAAAUGGCAACAAGUUGCUCCAAAACUUGAUAAAGAUCUCUUCAUUAGGAUUAUGCCACAAGUUGUGAAUGGUGAUAAUGGACAGAAGACAGUUAACAUUGCUUUCAUCGGCCAUUUUCUUGGGCAAACCGAUCGACUUCUUGAAUUGCUGAACAGAGAUUUUCCAGAAUUGGGUUUACAACGAAAUGAUUGCAUCGAAAUGAAGUGGAUUGAAUCCACUCUUUUUUGGUUUGGAUUCCCUAACGGGACCUCUAUCGAUGUUUUACUUCAACGAGUAGUAAAGAACAAAUCCUUGUCGAAGAAUAAGUCUGAUUAUGUAAGGAAGGUGAUCUCGAAGGAAGAUUUGGAAACCAUAUGGAAGUUAAUGACAGAAAUAGAAGGGUUUCGGAUGCAAUUUAAUCCUUAUGGAGGAAGAAUGGAGGAGAUUCAAGAAUCCGAAACACCUUUCCCACACCGAGCAGGAGUCAUCUUCAAGAUUCAACAUUCGGUUUCAUGGACACAAGAAGGAAACCAGGCAACACCCAAGUACUUAAGUCUUAUAAGAAACUUUUACAAUUCAAUUGCUCCUUAUGUGACAAGCCAACCCAGAGAAUCUUUUCUAAACUACAGAGAUCUUGACAUUGGUGGUGGCUCAAGCAAUGGCGCAACCAGCUUUGAUGAUGCUGCAGUUUAUGGGUUCAAAUACUUCAAGGGUAAUUUCAAGAGAUUGGCUUUGGUGAAGGCUAUGGUGGAUCCUGAUAAUUUCUUCAAGAAUGAACAAAGUGUUCCACCUCUCAAGUGA